UUAAGAGAAAAAAAAGGUUAAACCAUUCUUCCUUUAGAAAUUAACUAUUUCAUUCAUAAAUUCCACCCAAUUUUAGCUGCUUUUUUUUUUUUUUCCGCUGUUUUGAGAUUCUAGUGUCACAGAAUAAUGUAAAUCAAAUUUGAAAUUUUCCCUGUGUAGCUAUUAUCGGAGUUCCAGUAGGAAGUCCAACGGGCAGUGAAGAUUCCCCACCCCAAGUUAUCGCAGGAGUUACAAUAGGAAGUCCGACUAGCAGUAAAGGUUCCCCAGGUAACAUUAAUGGAUUUAUAUGAUUUUUCUGUAGAGUGUGAUUGAAUAAUGGUUUUAUAUGGAUAAGAUAGUACUACCAAAGUAGGCAUUUAUUGAGAGUCAUUAGUUUUUCAAUAAGGAUUUUGGAAUGUUAUGUUGUGUAAGUGUUCCAAUGAGAAUUUGGGAACUGAUGUAGGUGAUACUGCCAAAGUGGGUUAUUUAUUAAGAUUCACAAAUUUCUCAAAAAAGAUUCUAGAAUAUUUGUUUCUUGAAAUCAAUGUGUAUGAUUAUUUGUCCGAAAGUGGUGAUUGUGCAUAUUGACUAAAAAAAAGGUGAGUAUUAGUGAAGGUUCUUAUUUUGGUUUCAUAAAGAAUUUUUUGGUUAAAGGUGAUUAUUUUUUGUGGGACUAUUCUUGCUAAUCCACUCAUAAAGGAAGCUUAUGUAUGUUUUGCCCAAAGGUGAAUAUGUGAUGCUACUUUUUGAGUUUCAAUUAAGUUUUGUACCCAUUAAUUUUAUCACAUUUCCCUUGUCAUUUAAAGUUAGUUAAUCUAUUGUGAAGAUUGGAAACUGAACUAUUAAAGAUAAGAGAUAAAGUUGUUACUUUUAUAUUAAUGCCUGUAAUAUUCUAUCCAAAGGAAAUGACGAGCGUCUGAAGAAGUGAUGGCAUGUUCCUUUCCGCCCAUGGAACGCAUUCCUCUAAACGACACAUCCGCCUUCCCCAACUGCAACCAGACUUUCUCAUGCGGGGGCCUCUAAAACCUCUCUUACCCAUUCACCGGCAGGCCUCGUCCGUUAUUCUGUCGCCCUCUGGAUUCCUCCUCAGCUGCACCGACGAUGAAUCCCUCUACCUGUACAACAAUACGUGUACCCACGAAUUCACUAACACCACUCUGAAUUCCACUUUAUUCAAUCUCAGCCCAGACAACCAAAACCUUUCGCUGUUCUAUGAGUGUACUUCGGUCCAGGCGUAUACGCCGGAGAACGUGUUCUGGUGCGUCGUAGAUGGGACUUCUCGUAGCGCCGCCUACUGUGUGGUGGAUCUACUUCCGAACGUUCCUCUUUUCCAAAUUAUUCAUCGGCAAUGGAAGCUUAAAGUGAAACUAAUCAUAGGAUUGGCAGUAGCUGUAGCUACCCUUAUGGCAAUCGGUUUUAUAGUGCUCUUCUUUAGGCUUAAAACAAAAUCAUUGUCAAGUUUGAAGUCUCUAUACUUCCAUCUAACUGGCAAGAACGAUGAAAGAGUUGAGGCAUUCAUUCUUCAGUUUGGUUCUCUUGCUCCCAAGAGAUUUUCCUAUUUGAACAUCAAGAAAAUAACCAACUCAUUCAAAGAUAAAUUGGGUCAAGGAGGAUAUGGCAGCGUAUAUAAAGGAGAAUUACUUGAUGGCCGUAUUGUGGCAGUAAAAGUACUUAGAAAAUCCAUAGGGGAUGGACAAGAUUUCAUCAAUGAAGUUGCUAGCAUUAGUAGAACCUCCCACGUCAAUAUAGUCAGCCUAUUGGGGUUCUGUUAUGAGAGGUCAAAAAGAGCUUUGAUUUAUGAAUUCAUGCCUAAUGGAUCUUUGGAUAAGUUCAUUUGUAAUCAAGGAUCUCGAGAGAACCAUCAGCUUGCAAUUAAGACCUUGUAUGAGAUAGCAUUAGGCAUUGCUCGAGGACUAGAAUACUUGCAUCGAGGUUGUACCACAAGGAUUUUACACUUUGACAUAAAACCUCAAAACAUCCUCUUAGAUGCCAACUUCUGUCCUAAGAUCUCUGAUUUUGGUCUUGCUAAAUUAUGUGAAACAAGAGAUACUAUUGUUUCAAUGACAGGGGCUAGAGGAACUUGUGGAUAUAUUGCUCCAGAGGUGUUUUGUCGAAACUUUGGAGGAGUUUCUUACAAGUCUGAUGUCUAUAGUUAUGGCAUGAUGGUGCUGGAAAUGAUUGGGGGGAGAGGGAAGAAUAUUAAUGUGGAAGUGUCUCACUCCAGUGAAAUGUAUUUUCCAACAUCACUGUAUAAGCAACUUGAAAAAUCGGAAAAAUUGAAUCUUGACAGAUUCAUAGCUGAUGAGGAAGAAGAAAUGACUAGGAAGAUGAUAGUAGUGAGCCUUUGGUGCAUUCAAACAAUUCCAUCAAACAGACCAUCAAUGAGUAAGGUGCUUGAGUGGUUACAAGGAAGCCAAGAAGCUUUGCCACUUCCACCAGAACCCUUGUUGUCUUCUCCUGCAGCAAUAUCACUCCAAAACUCAAACACCACAUCAUCAGUCAUAAUGCAGGGGGUUCCAAGCACUUUUGAGACGACUUCACUACGUCAUGGUGAUGACGAAAUAUCUUCAAAUACAUAGAAAUGGUGUCUGCUGCUUUUUUUUUUUUUUUUUGAACAGAAAAACAAAUUAUAGCUAUAAGAAGUCAAACACCCCCUCUAGAUGGUAUUAAAAAGUUCAGCAGAGUUUUCUCUGUAUUUUCUUAAACCUUUGAUCUUCAGCAUGUAACACUCGAUAGACCGCUGUGAAAUCAUCCCCA